AGCAAACAUAUAAAAAAAACUUCGAAUUAAACAAUCUAACCGCAGCACUGAACUCCCCGAACUCCGAAACCUUCACUCGUUUAUAACCAGACGCCUUUAGUCCAAGGCUUCAGCAUCCAAGAUCCCAUCACCAGCACAACACAUCCCAAGAACCCAGAGAUCCAAGCGCCGAGCCACGGUCUAUCAAUGGCAGCGGCAGCAGGAGGAGACGAGGUGAAGCUGCUAGGCGUGUGGGACAGCCCGUUCGUGAACAGAGUGCAGAUCGUGCUCAACCUCAAGGGGAUCAGCUACGAGUACGUCGAGGAAGACCUCCACAACAAGGGCGAGCUCCUCCUGGCCUCCAACCCCGUGCACAAGAAGGUGCCCGUCCUCAUCCACAACGGCAAGCCCAUCCCGGAGUCGCAGGUCAUUGUGCAGUACAUCGACGAGGCCUGGCGCGGCACCGGCCCGAGCCUCCUCCCCGCCGACCCGCUCGAGCGCGCCACCGCCCGAUUCUGGGCCGCCUACGUCGACGACAAGGUUGGGUCGCCGUGGUUCACGAUCCUGUUCGCCCGCAAGACCGAGGAGAAGAUGGAGGCGGCAGUGCGGGCCAUCUCGGCGAUGGAGACGCUGGAAGGCGCGUUCGAGGGCUGCUCCGGGGGCAAGCCGUUCUUCGGCGGCGACGGCAUCGGGUUCGUCGACGUUGUGCUCGGCAGCUACCUGGGGUGGUUCGUGGUGAUCGAGAAGAUGAUCGGCGUCAAACUCAUGGACUCCGCGAGGACGCCGGCCCUGGCCGCGUGGGCUGAGCAUUUCAGGAUGGCGGAUGCGGCGAAGGGUGUCUUGCCUGAAGAUGUCGAUAAGGUGCUCGAGUUUCUGCAGACGUUCCUUGAUUAGGAGAGUGUGGAAGCGCUGUCGGCGGUUUGGACUUUAGUUUUGUUUCUUUUCCUUUUUAUUUUCUUGAGCAAACUUUGUUUCUUUUCCUUUCUUAAACAAUCCACGAAGUUUUAUUAAGUGUCACAAUGUUUACAUAAA